AAUUAACUGUGUGUUUCUAUGAUUCAUAUAAGUGUUUUGUUUUUGUUUUUAAAUAAUACAUAAAUUCAUCUAGCAGCGUGUAGACCAAGAAAGUAACUACAGUUCGGCGUUUUGUGUUUCCCAGUCAAUUUUUUUAUGAUUUCUGUGAUCUUGCUUGCAUAGCCGUGUUGUGGGACGGACAUUUGGUGUAAUUAAAGUAAUUAAAGAUGUUUCACUGUAACCACUGAUUAUAUAGCAAUUAACAGAAUGCCAGAAACAGCAAAGAAUUGGUUACUUCAGGUAUACCAUCAAUAUUAAUCAUCUAUUAAUCAAUAUUAAUCAUCUAACCCUAAAGGAAAAUGUUCCACAGAAUGGAUGUAUAAACCCUGUUACAUAAAUCUUUGGUAGAAUUUCUGAUAAAUAUUUCUUCAGUUCUAAGAUGACUAUCACUGUUUGUCUUGUUCAAUUCCUGAAAACUUGACAAGAUCACUUUGCAUUUUAAUAAAUAUUGGAUUGCAAAGGAGUUUGCAGCAACUUGAGAUAAUCAGCAAAGAUCACAGUUGAUGGAAAUAUAACGUUUGUAAUAUUUGUUGAGAAAUACAAACACAAAUAGAAGCAAACUCGUGUAUAUUUGUGGUAAGAAAAGGAAAAUUAUGGAAGAUGAUUUAAGUGAGAAUGAAGCUAUAUGUGAAACACAGACUGAAAGGAUUGACUUUCCUGGUGUUGUAAAGAUUAAGAAAGGUAAAAAACCAUAUCAGUGUGAUAUCUGUGGCAAAUCAUUCUCUCACAGCAGCAACUUAACUAAGCAUAAAUCUGUUCAUACAGGAGAGAAACCAUAUCACUGUGAUAUCUGUGGUAAAUCAUUCUCUGCGAAUGGUACCUUAACUAGGCAUAAACGUAUCCAUACAGGUGAGAAACCUUAUCACUGUGAUGUCUGUGGUAAAUCAUUCUCCGAUGGAAGCCGUUUACAUAAACACAAACAUAUUCACACGGGAGUAAAACCAUAUCAUUGUGAUAUCUGUGGUAAGUCGUUCUCCAGUACAUAUGCCCUAUCUAGUCACAAACAUAUUCAUACAGGAGAGAAACCAUAUCACUGUGACAUCUGUGGUAAAUCAUUUUCUCACGGUCAUACUUUAACUAUUCACAGACACAUUCAUACUGGAGAGAAACCGUAUCACUGUGAGAUCUGUGGUAAAUCCUUCACUGAAACCAGUCACUUAACUAAGCACAAACGUGUUCAUACAGGCGAGAAACCAUAUCACUGUGACACCUGUGGAAAAGCCUUCUCUCAAAAGGACAAUCUAAUUCCUCACCAACGUAUUCAUACAGGAGAAAAACCAUAUCACUGUGAUAUCUGUGGGGAAUCAUUCUCUCAAAAUGGUAAUUUAACUAAACACAAAUGCAUUCAUACAGGAGGCCAAGUAUAUUUCUGCAAUAUCUGUGGUAAAUCAUUCUCUCAAAAGAGCUCCUUAAAAAGACAUAUUCGUAUUCAUACUGGGGAGAAACCAUAUCACUGUGAUAUCUGUGGUAAAUUAUUUUCUGAGAAUGGGACCUUAACUAUUCACAAACGCAGCCACACAGGAGAGAAACCGUAUCAUUGUGACAUCUGUGGUAAAUCAUUCUCGGACACUGGUCAUUUAUCUCGGCAUGUACGGAUUCAUACUGGGGACAAACCGCAUCACUGCGAUAUCUGUGGAAAAUCAUUCUCGGAAAAUGGAGAUUUAACGAGACACAUCCGUAUUCAUACGGGAGAGAAACCGUAUCAGUGCGACAUCUGUGGUAAAUCAUUCUCUCAUGGACAUGCCUUAACUACGCACAAACGUACUCAUACAGGAGAGAAACCAUAUCACUGCGAUGUCUGUGGAAAAUGUUUCUCCGAGACUGGCCACUUAACUAAACACAAACACAUUCAUACAGGAGAGAAACUACAUCACUGUGAUAUCUGUGGUAAAUCAUUCUCUCAUGGGCAUGUUUUAACUAGACACAAACGCAUUCAUACAGGAGAGAAACCAUAUAACUAAUAUGUGUCAUUAAUCAGUCUCUCAAAAAACUCACUUCACUGAACAUGUUGCUGUUCACACAGAACAAUAACUAUAUUAAAAAUGAUCAUAACACAUAUUGUGCGACAAUCACUGCAGGUGUGACCCUAUUUAUUUUUAUUUUUGACCUUAUUAUAUCCCUACAUUUUGUUGAGUAAAUUUCUAUCUUUUUCCCAUUGAUAUAACUUAUGGGAAAAGUGAAAAAAUUUUUUUAAAAAUUGGAUUAUAGGCACAGGAGUGGCUGUGUGGUAAGUAGCUGGCUUACCAACCACAUGGUUCCGGGUUCAGUCCUACUGCAUGGCACCU